GAAAAGAAACCAAAACAACAGCUGCUUAACAACUUCUAUAUAUAUUUUUCGUCAAAAUUUUCAACCAUUUUUUUCGAACAAAGAGAAAGAGCCGGAGCCAAAAUAGUGAAGAGAGAGAUAUUGCUGAACCUGAGCGGUGUUAAUAUAACACAGGAAUGCCUAAGGUUAAUAACGACUCAGCCAUAAAGCUGUUUGGUAGAACGAUUUCUCUGUCACGUAACAGUGAGGUCUCUGCCAAUGAUUCUUCUUCUGAACCUGCUCCUCCGCUUCCCUUUGAAGAUUGCUCUGAUCAUAGUCCUCCUUCAUCUUCAUCUUCUCCACGUGAAGUGAACUCUUCAAAAGAACAUGAAGCAGUCAGGGAUAAGGAACCAUCAAGGAAAAAACUCACCUCAGUACAAGAUGAUGAGGCCUCACAUCAAACCACAGAGGAUUUAAAGUCUCCCACAUCUUCAGACAUUUUUGAGAACCCUAAGACUCCCUCAGCUGAAAGAGAGAGUUCUCUACCAAAAUCCUCUAAAAAUGGAGAACAUAGCGACACAACAAGUGUGUCACAAGACAAAACUCCAAAGAAACCAGACAAGAUACUGCCAUGCCCACGAUGCAACAGCAUGGACACCAAAUUUUGUUACUACAACAAUUACAAUGUCCACCAACCUCGUCACUUCUGCAAGAGCUGCCAGAGAUACUGGACUGCUGGAGGAACCAUGAGGAACAUGCCUGUAGGUGCCGGUCGCCGCAAGAACAAAAACUCUUCUGUUGCCUCACAUUAUCGCCAAAUCAUGGUUCCUGAGGCCCUUCAAACAGCUAAAUUCAACGCAGCCAAUGUGUUGUCCUUUGGAUCAGAUUCUCCUCUAUGUGAUUCCAUGGCUUCUUCUUUGAGCCUUGCUGAGAAAACACAAAAUGGUGUCCUAAAUGGGUUUCAUGCACCUAAGAAGAAUAUGUUUGUUUCCUAUGGUGGAGAAGAUAGUAAUGGGGAUGAUAACUCAGUUGGAGCUUCUGUUAUAGCUUCAACUUCAUCUGAGAAGAGAGACAAUGCCGGCUCACAUGAAUCAGUUGAUAAGAGUUAUCAAGGUUUCCCUCCUCAGUUGCACUUCCCUGGUUCUUCUUCCCCUUGGCCUUAUCCAUGGAACCCUGCAAUGCAUCCAUAUGCAUUUUGCCAACCAACAUAUCCUAUGUCAUUCUAUCCAGCACCAGCAUAUUGGGGUUUAUACUCUAUCUCUCCCCAAUCUUCUGUUAACCAUUCUGAUCCAAAUUCAUCUACUUUGGGGAAACACUCAAGGGAUGGGGAUAUCCUCUUUCCACACAACUUACAGAAAGAAAAGCCUGCCACAGAAAGUAACAACUCACGGAAUAAUAGAGUGUUGAUCCCCAAGACACUGAGAAUUGAUGACCCUAAUGAAGCUGCAAAGAGUUCUAUAUGGUCAACACUAGGAGUCAAGAAUGAGAAGGGAAAUUCAACCAAUGGAGGAGGAGGCCUUUUCCAGGCAUUUUCAUCCAAGGGUGGUGGUGACAAGAAUCAUAUGGUUGAAACAUCCUCAGUGUUGCAAGCCAACCCUGCAGCUUUAUCAAGGUCUCUUAUCUUCCAUGAGAGGACCUAAUUUGGGAAUUACACUGAGCUAUAGCUACUUCAGAUUUUAAAAUAUUUUUGAAGUAGUUCAUACCAGUACAACCUCAUUCUCAUUCUGCUGACAUCUUUUUCACUUUUCUCCAUGAGAAGUUGUAUUAUUGACCAACCUUUAUGCAGGAUUUCUAGAAUCCCAGAGUUAUAGUUUAGCUUCCCUUAGCUACCAUCUUCAGCUUGUCAGAGUGAAUAGGUCUUUUUUUUUUUUUUUUAAUCAGAUUUAGAUGAAUAUCUUUGAUGUACAUACAUAUAUAUGUAAGACAGGAUAAAUAACUAGGAGAAAAGACAAUGGAGAGGAUAUUCUUGGACUAAAAUCCAAUGGUUUAGAAUAAACUUCUUAUAAGACUUCAUCAAAAUCAGCUGUUGCUGCUGCUUCUCCAUUUUUUUUUAUUUUUUAUUUUUAAUAACUUUUUUUAGAUUCCCUGCAUUAAUGUAGCAAUGCUAGU